AUGGUCAAACGCAAGAGAAAUGACCUCCCUAAGGAGGACAAGACCGCUGGCAGUCCCCCAAAGACUACCAAAUCCGCCCCUACCCCAUCUGAAACUCCUGAUGCAGCUAUCACUAUUCAAGUGAUCACCGGUUCUUAUGAGCGAAUCCUCCAUGGCUUUACAGCCGGAAUUCCAGCUUCUCAUCUCAAGGCAAAGACUGAUGCCAACUUGCCCACCAUCGAUUGUGUCGACACUUUCCUGUUCGAGGCCCAUGGAUCUGCAAUUCGUUGCCUGGCAUUGUCGCCACUACCCAAACCAACCGACUCUCCUGAUGCCCAAAAGGUGAUGCUGGCUACUGGUAGUACAGAUGAGCGUAUCAACCUGUACUCCAUCUCUGCCGCACCUCCUGCCGUGAAUGAAGACUAUCCUUCCGUGCCAACCCUUGCCGGAAACAAGAUCCUCGAAAAUCCCCGAAACCGUGAGCUAGGAUCAUUGCUGCACCACACCGCCAGCAUUACCUCUUUGAGCUUCCCUUCACGGAGUAAGCUCCUCGCAGCUGGUGAAGACAACACAAUUUCCAUCUCUAAGACCCGUGACUGGACUGUCGUAUCAAGCAUCAAAGCGCCAAACCCCAAAGUACAAGGACGACCAAGUGGUGAUACCGCACCCCCCGGAGCAGCUCCGUCUGGAGUAAAUCACUUCGCGGUGCACCCUAGUAUGAAGCUCAUGCUCAGUAUUGGACGGGGAGAAAAGUGCAUGCGAUUGUGGAACCUCGUGACCGGCAGAAAGGCUGGUGUGUUGAACUUCACCAGGGAGGUGCUACAGGGUGUCAAGGAGUCAAGGUGGAGCACUGGAGAAGGUCGGCGCAUUUCAUGGGACUCUGAAGGAGAGGAGUUUGCGGUUGCGUUUGAAUGGGGCGCAGUUGUCUUUGGAAUCGACUCGGUUCCAAGGUGCAGACUCAUCCCUGGUCCCCGGAGCAAGCUUCAUCAAAUGAAGUAUGUUUCCCUACCUGUCAAGGGUGGCGAGAAAGAAGAUUUCCUGGCCGUGUCCACAGAGGAUGGCAGAGUGAUCUUCUACUCGACCAAAGACACGAAGAAAGAUGAAGAGGAUACCGAUUGCUCAAUUCCCCAUGCUACCCCUGUUGCUCAACUUGGCGGAAAGCAAGCUGGGUUCCCCGGUCGUAUCAAGGAUUUCGACAUUUUGAGUCUCGAAGGACAGGCGAAGGAAUACCGUAAUGAUGUCUUGGUUGUCACCGGUAACAGUGACGGCGUCGUGCGUGUAUGGAAACUUGCUGAUAAGGAGAUUGCUUCUGCAAAGCAAGACAAGGAGACCACUCAGGUUGGAAAGCUCCUUAGCACCAAUGAGACUGGAAACCGCAUCACAUGUCUGGCUUCUUUCGUCAUGCUGCCUGCUGAGGACCCGUCUACACUGAUUGACUCCGGAGAUGAUGAAUCGGAAGAAGAAGAGGCAGAGUCAUCUAGUGAUAGCGACGAUGAGUAA